AUGGACCGGUCCGGCAAAAGCGGUCUCGCGUUGGCCGGCGCGCUCUUGCCGGGCGGUGUAGAGGAUGGUUCUUCGGUUGAUUUCGGCCACGAAACCGUGUGGCAACGCGUUCAACGGCUAGGGCGUAACCAGGAUCCGUUUGAACGGCCCGUGGCUGCCGAACCUACGCAGUCAGCCAGCAAUGUGGAUUUAAGUUUCUUCGGCGCCGACGUCCAAGCGCUGCUAGGCGCCCGCCACCACGUGGCCGAGACUGCGUUUAACAAGCGCGGCCAGUACGCCAGCGCGUACAAGCAAACCAAGAGGCUGAAGUGGUCCCCUGAGGACACUGAACGCUUCUACGAUGCGGUCCGCAACUUCGGCUCCGACCUGCUCAUGGUGCGGUCGCUUCUUCCGGAGUUCACCGACAAGCAGAUUUACGACAAGUUUAAGUUGGAGGAGAAGCGCAACGGCGAUAAGCUGAACGAGGCGCUGAACACGCCCACCAAGAUCUCGUUGGAGCAGUUCGAGAGACGCAACGGCAAGAUCGAUCGCAGUCGUCACUACGACCCGAGCAAGGACCCCGUGCUGCUGCAGAAGCGCAGCCAGAAGACGAACCAGCUGGCGCUGCGCGUGCAGGUCGAGGACGACGAGCCGCGGGCGCUUCCGGACUCCUCCGAAGGCGCGCCCGGGCCCGUUCACGAUUUGGAUGCGGACACAGACGCGCCUGGAUGCAACAUUGUGGAGUUGUUCAUGUGA